CUCUCCCCGGCUCCGGUGUCCGGUACACAGAGCUUCCUCUCGUGCGCGCUGUUUAUUGUUUAUUUUGGAAACCGGAAGUGAGCCGUGAUCCCUGAAUUGCCGUGCGCGCGCGCUGCGUUAUAACGCUUCACAGACAUGUGGUUCCGCCGGGCGGUGAGGCUCGCGUGCGGGGUCGCGGCGGGGGGGUCCGCGGUGGUGGUCGCGCGCGCGUACCUGUCGGACAGCCCGCGGGAGGGGGGGCGGGUCAGCGCGCGGGGGAGCGGCGGCAGCAGCGUGCUGCACGCGGCACAGCCUUAUAACCACACCGGCUGGGAUCAGAACUGGGAUAAGAGAGAUCCAUCGUCCAUGACGAACCCCAGGAGGAGAGUGAGUGUAGGAGAGGAGAACAGCUCUGAGGUGGAGAACAUCAAACCCACCGCCACGCGCCACAUCCUCCUCAUCCGCCAUGCGCAGUACCUCCUGAACGGGAACGGCGACAAGGAGAGAAGGCUCACCGAGCUGGGCCGUGAGCAGGCGGGGAUGACGGGACAGAGACUGGCGUCUCUCGGCCUCAAGUACGACAUCAUGAUCCACUCCAGCAUGGCACGAGCCGCAGAGACGGCACAGAUCAUCAGCAAACACCUGCCAGAAGUGGAGAUGGUGAGCUGUGAUCUGCUGCGAGAAGGAGCUCCAAUUGAACCUGUUCCUGCUGUCGGUCAUUGGAAACCUGAGGCUGUGCAGUACCAUGAAGAUGGCGCUCGAAUCGAGGCGGCGUUCCGGCGCUACAUCCACCGAGCCGACCCCAAGCAGAAGGAGGACAGCUACGAGAUCAUCAUCUGUCACGCUAACGUCAUCCGCUAUUUUGUCUGCAGGGCUCUGCAGUUCCCUCCCGAGGGCUGGCUGCGUUUAGGGCUGAAUAACGGCAGCAUCACAUGGCUCACGGUGCGCCCGAGCGGCAGGGUGGCACUGCGGACGCUGGGAGACUCCGGCUUCAUGCCACCUGACAAAGUGACCCGCACCUAACCCUCCAGGACCGCCCGAACCAGAACCCCGUCUCGCGCACAGUGUCGCUGUGUUACACAGAGCACGUCUCCUGUUUUUACUGAAUGUAUUAAUCAUGUCUGAUUAUCGUCUGAUCACAGAGUCCGGAGAGCAACGUGACUCCGAUCCGUGUUUCAUACCAUUCUGAUUCAGUGUUGGUUCUGAUCUGUUUCCAGUUCAGCUUUGGUGUCUUUUACUGGUUACUGUUCUGGUUCUGAUUUACAUUUUAUUUGAUUCUGAUUUCAUUUAAAUUUCGAUUCUGAUUCGAUUCUGUAAAGUGACGGGUCUAUAACUGAUGUUUUUCUUGGCCUAAAUCUGUGUGUGUGUUUACAGUGUGUUUGCAGCAGGUGGUGUGUGUGUGUGUGUGUGUGUUUUUGUU